UGAAACCUGUGAUAAAGUGACAGCGGUUGCAAUUAAUUUUAGUAGUAUUUUACAGCAUUAAGGAAAAAUGAUUUCAAAUUGGAAACGUCCGGUUUUUGCGAUUUCAAUACUAGUGAUUAGUGUUCAGUUAUUUCAGAUACUAUAUAGAGACGGUGUUUUAGAAAGGACACAAGAUGAUAAACGAAAUCAAAGUGAACAAGUCACUGUCGAGUCUCCAGUCGCAGACAAAAGUAAGCUUGUUACUGUUGUGAAUAAAGCUUUGGAGCAAAUGUUUACGAAUGACAAAAAGAUAAAGGAAAGUCAGAGUAAAACUACAAAAUUAUCUUCAUCAACAAGCACAACAACUGCCGCAUCUAACAAUGGUAAACAUGAAGAGAAAAAAAGCCAACAUAAACUGUCAACUCCCUCACCGUUUGGGAAAGACAUUGUCAGAUAUGAAAUUCAAGCAAAAUUUGCGGAAGCUAUACGACUUUGGAGAGCUGAACAGACAAGAAAGGAGAAAUUAGCAAUUCAUUCUAAAUACGAUGGGCACAACUUAAUGAAUGAUCCUGUGUUCAAGUUUGAUCCAAAUUUCAAGAACCCAUGUUGGUUUGAAAAUGACCAGUUUCAAUGCUUGCCGUAUGUUUACGUUAUUGGGGUUAAGAAGAGUGGGACCACUGAUCUCUUCCACAGGAUGUCUCUCCAUCCAGAUUUUGUUAGACCCGGUUUCAAGGAAGCACAGUGGUUUGCUCGUAAACGAUUUUCCUUACUUAACGUAUUUAUAGUGGAUAGGAACCAGGACCUAUGUGGUCGUAAACAUAUAUUACCUGAUUGUGAUUUGUACACAAGGUUUUGUUUAGAACAGUCCGCACAUGUUCUAACCAUUCCAGAAAUCACCUCCCUUCACUCCAUUGACAGAGAAUGUGCAAAAUCCUCUGGGUAG